UUGACAUUGUAUACGCUGCUUGGAACGGCGCAGUUGUGUCCUAUUUGCUCAGUACGGUGAGCGGCUUGUGCGUCGAAUUAAGAGACCGACCAGAAAGCGUGUCGUAAGACACACGCACCAAGGCACACACUCGCAAGUGCGUGCGUAGACAAUUGCUUGGUUCCAUCGAUCGGAUGACUCAAUUUAAUUCCUUCGCACUUAGACACGCGUGAUUGUUGGCAGCAAGACAAACGUGUGCAAGCUUCACAACUAAAUCGAACAAAGGAAUCUAAGUGGGCCAUGGCAGAUGGCAGGAAUGACCGGUCGAGGAAAUUUCAACCGGCAAACAACCGAUUCCAGCCAAAAGGACGCCAAAAUCUCCAUCACCGUAGCUUGAUGAAUUUGACGGCGUCAGUGGUCAACGAGACGACAUCGAAUGUCAGCUGCGCUCGAAUAGAAAAAACCGAAAAUAAGGAGGCAGGAUUUGUGCGUAAGAUACCAAAGUUCUUCCGGUGGGGAGUUGGAAAGAAAAUUCUCCCAUUGGAACCAAUACCAAAAGUGGUGUCGGAUCCAACAGAGAAUACACCGAAAUCAAGCGUGCCGGCUGAAAGGGGAUUUGUGGGAAAUCUUGGCAUUGGCCACUACAUCACGUCUGACGAGAGUGCAUUUUUGAACUACGACAUUCCUGAUGAAAACACAGCCCCGGUGAAUCAUAAGGGAUUUUCCAAGUCCAUGGUGGACUUAUCGUCCAUCACACCUUGGUCUUGUACCCCUACCGAGCCCACACUUUUGCGUUCAUCUCAUAAUCAUUCAAUGACUGAGAGUGAGGCGGAGAGUAUGUCCACUUCUUCACACAGCGACUUCCCUGGAGUGCUUAAUACCUUACUUAAAUCCCACGAACUUCGUGCGCCUCACACUGAAUGUAAUCAGUCGGUUCCGGAUUUGAUUAAAGUGCUCUUUUUCACUAAUUUACCGUGUGACACUAGCUGCAUCGGCAAGGACACAUUGACCAGCAGCCGAGACUCUGGCACGGAACAGCGGAAUAUGGUGGAGAAUGAAAGCAUUUCUGAGAAUCUACCUGCUUGGUUAAUAACGGAGAAUGACUUAACGGCCAAUGUCCCUUAUACUAUGUUUCGGACACGCGAUUAUCUCGGUGAAAUUUGCAAAGCGAUACGGUGGCUUGAGGAAAACGAACAGCGCAGUGGAAAGCAUAAAAAAUCCUCCAGACGAUUUCAGUCUCCAGUUGGACUUCGGUUUGCAUCCGACUUACGCUCACGCCGACUGCCUUUUGAUACGUCAAACGUUGCUGUAAAGAAAAAACGAAUUCCAACGGAUGAACCUACACAUUCAGAUGACGUUUCUGUAACAGCGACCCCAGCUCCCUUUAUCAAUCCAAAAGAGGGCAAAAUAAUGUUGAAAAUGCUAUCUGAGGCCAGUCGAAUUAUUGAAUCAAUGAACCUGUACUCGGAAGGCACCCGAAGUUACUAUAGUGGAUUGAACGCUUGGAUCAUUCGCAGCGUUGCUAUGGACUGCAACUGUAAUGAACUGAACGGCAGGAUGCUAAUUCCUGACUUGCAAAGAUCCACCUCCAGUCGAGACCAUACAGCACAAGAAAUGAAGCAAGUGUUCAGACAGGAUACUGCCCAAAUAUACCAAAUCGUAUCAGAAAACGGGGAGGCACCCCUUGUGUCACAUGAGUCCAAGUUCCGGGAGACGACCCUGUACCUCACCUCUUCGCAUUUACUGAUCGCUUCAACGUCACCCGGAUCCCAGACUAUCUGUUUGACGCAAUUUCAACAUGUGCUUCCCCUAUGCCAAUUGUGGUGUAGUAAAAUUACUCUGGAUGGAGAGAACGAGAGCAUACUCAUCAAUGAAGGUCAAAAUGUCAUUUUAACAGCGGACAUGACGGUGCACGCUCCAGUUAGUUUGAAUUCUAGCAGCUUGACGGAGUCAGAGGAAACUGUGGGUGUUUCAUCCGUGGUGGGUGAUGCUACAUCCAGUUUCGGCUGUAUGCAGACCUUCGUACUCGGAAGUUCACUUACUGAAAAUUGGUUAUUACGCUUUCCUGACAAGGUUAAAAUGGAACGUUGGUCCGCUUAUUUACACGAUGCAAUCAGUUACAAUCAAAGGACACUGAUUGGUCGUACUCUGUAUAUAAAAAUGAUGAAUCAGGUCGCAGAUAAUCAAGUUGUGUACAAAUAUCAAAAAGUAUAUCUCACAACAUCGGUCAAAGAACUGAAAGAAAGUGCAAUGGACUCAAUGAACAUUAAUAGAAAGACGGAUGUACAGAUCUGGGUUCGUUACAGCAAUGUGGAGGGGAACCAGAAAGAAGUUAUGCUACGUGGCUACGAAAGUCCAUUCUUGAUAGCUCUUCUCCUAACAUUAAAUUACAAUGAACAUUCCACCGUCCGGAGCCCAACAUCGGUUCCCGCGAGUCACGGAAAAAUAGUGGAUCUAUUUGACCAGUUCAAACGAAGCAAUGCCGAAUCUUGCGAACCGAUGAGCAAAGUUUGGAAAAUGGAACAUUUUCUCGCCCAGUUGCCAGACACAAAUCCAUUGUUUCCAAGGGACCAGGUUCGCGCAGAGUUCUUUCUUCGUGGCAAAGAGCAACCCGCAAUGCUUCCCAAAAAACAACGCAUCCAUGGAGUGAUGAGACCAUCCGAUGUGAAAAAGUCCCACUCCCAUUUCCAUUCAACAAAAGCGCAUAGAGAAAAGGGUAGUCUGCUAGACAAAACUAACUCGACACUGUUGUUACCAACUGAUGGACCGAAAGCAGCUCGUACUGGUGGUGCACUACGUGGUGCAAGGAGCACAGGAUGUCUAAACACUACUGCGGAGCAUUGGGCAAUUUUUGGUCACAUUCCUGAAAAGAUUUGGCCCUCGGCUGUUUUGCCUCAGUCCCUUGUGGUAUGUUUCAAAUGGUAUAUACUUGCUAAUUUACACUCUGUAACUUAUUUAUAA